AUGAAGCAGUCUCAUUAUUAUAUAUUACUUAACUAUAUUUUUGUUAAGAUGUCGGUUAUAAAUGUUUAUACUACGUCGGCAACAACUGAGAAUCUAUCUCGUCAUGAGAUGCUGAUGUGGGUGAACGAUUGUCUGCAGUCAAAUCUCUCGAAAAUUGAACAAAUGCAUACGGGUGCUGCUUACUGUCAGUUCACUGAUUUUUUGUUUCCUGGCUCUAUUCAAUUACGACGUGUUAAAUGGAACAGUAAGUUAGAAUUAGAUUGGCUGAGUAAUUGGAAGUUGUUACAAACGUCGUGGAGAACUUUGGGCAUUGAUAAAAUUGUUCCUGUUGAGAAGCUUAUCAAAGGAAAAUUUCAGGAUAAUUUUGAGUUUUUGCAAUGGUUUAAAAAAUUUUUUGAUGCAAAUUUUGAUGGCCAUGAAUAUGAUCCAUUGGAGGCUCGGGGCGGCGAACCUUUACCAUCUGAAGUGAAAGUGAAUACACCUUCACGAGUACCAGCAAGAUCGGCUGCUCCAGUUGUGAAGUUGGUGUCUGUACUACUGAAAUAA